AUGAAAGGGAAAACUCUGAAACGAGGACUGAAAUGCAAAGGAAAAGAAAAAGUUUCAAUGAAAGAAGUCAAUGAUGAUGGAUCUAAGUGGAUAGUCGAGAAAAUUUUGGUUCCAACCAAAUCAUGUGUAGAGAAUUGUCCACCUCCACAACAAGAUGUGGAUAUGGAUUGUCGGAAAGUUGUAGAUGUAGUUCCCAUCCCUUGUUCCAGCAAGAGAAAGAAGGAAAAAACAAGCAAAUUCGAAGGUGUUCGUCGUAGGCCAUCUGGGAAUUUUGCAGCAGAGAUUCGAGGUGUCAAGUUGUGGUUGGGUACUUUUAAAAAUGAACUAAAUGUUGCUAAGGCCUAUGAGAAUAAGAAGAAGGAGUUGCAACAUGAACGAUUAUUGGCAUCCGCUUCAGAUGAUACCAACAAGAGUUCUAAAGGAGGGAAUGUUUCGGGACCAUGA